AGAAUAUUACUAUCCUACUGUUUCCCUGUAGAAUUCAGAGACUUCUUCAUUGCGGAUGAACUCAAUAGUUUAAGUUAUUCCAUUUGGACGAGUUCAUAUUUUUUCUGCGCCUAUUCGUGUCACUGGACAGACUUGGGUGGGAACUGUAACAUGGCACAAGUUUGGGUCGCACCAUUUCUUGCUUCAUUACCUCCCUGGUGGCGUCUAUUGCAGUGCUUUCGAAGAUAUAGAGAUUCGGACGAAACAGUUCAUUUAUACAAUGCAGCUAAAUAUACCAGCAGUAUCAUGGCUGCCAUUGUCACAGGUCUUCGACGCAUUUACCCGUCCAAUGCCAUGACGGUAUUUUGGGUUUUGACAUGUGUAUUUAAUUCAUGUUAUACAAGCACUUGGGAUAUUAAGAUGGAUUGGGGUUUACUUCGACCCAAUGCUGAAAAUUACUUGUUAAGGGAUGAACUUGUUUUCUAUCGAUGGACAUAUUACGUCGCUGUACCAAUCAACGUCAUUCUCAGGUUUACUUGGGUUUUAAACAUUGUCCAGUUACGCAUGAAUGGUCAGCUGCUGGCCAUCUCGUUGGCACUUUUAGAGGCUUACCGUAGAAUUCAGUGGAAUUUCUUUCGACUUGAAAACGAGCAUCUCAAUAAUUGUGGACAAUACCGCGCUAUCAAAGAUAUUCCGUUACCAUUUACCUUGUCAGAUACUGACCUAAAGGCAAAUAUGAGUGACGAAGAAGAACGCCUGAGCAUCAUUUCCUCCAAAGGACCACAGCCCAUUGACAUUACAACCAACAACAGACAUAGUCUCAUGUCCAUGUUACCCAUGUCUCGACACCCUUCGUUUGUGGACCGAAACUCGGUGGGACAUGAUUCGAUGCUUCGUGGAUCAUUCUAUGGUAGACGUGAUUUCGAAAAUAAGCAUGAUGAUACUGCAGAUAUGGUGGUUGGGUCUGUCAAUACAAACAAACUGUGUCGAAAAGCUUCCACAUUGGAUAACGUCUUGACUAGAAUCAAAUCCAUGAGAAAUUCCGAUCAUAGUGAUGAGUCUGAGAAUGAAGAUGAUGAUGACGAUGAUGAUGACGAAGAUGAACAUUCAGAUCAUUAA